AUGUCCAGUGCCACCCGUGCCAAGCGUGCCACUCGAGCAAAAAUCCAGUAUACCGGUGACAGUGCAGGAGAUGAGUCAGAGGGUGAUGACGCUGCUUACAAAGAGGAAGACGAACAAAGUGUUCUGUCUGAGCUCGAGUCUGUCCAUUCUGAGCACGAGGAAGUCGCGUCACCUGAAGCUGAAGUUAUUGUAGCGCAGGUUCGACGACGCCAACGCAAUCCGCGCAAUUCACAGGGACCCUCACAGUAUGAAAAGACUGCCAAGAAACUCAUCCUGCAUCACCCAGAGCUCGAGAAUGUCUGGGAUGACUUGAGUGAGCGUCGAGUGCCAGAGCCAAGGAAAGCAGCACAACCAGACAUCUUGACAUUGCAACUCCUGCCGUUUCAGCUAGAAGGUCUCAAUUGGUUGCGUCUCCAAGAAGCUUCUGACUUCAAAGGUGGCAUUCUAGCAGAUGAAAUGGGUAUGGGCAAGACUAUCCAAACUGUGGCACUGCUUGCAACAGACACAACACGCGUCGAAGGCGAAGCAGGCACACUAGUGAUCGCACCCGCAGUCGCCAUCAUCCAGUGGAAGAAUGAGAUUGAAAAGUACACCAACAAUGCCCUCUCCGUCCAUAUCUACCACGGCAGCGCACGCAGUACCGAUAAGACGAAGCUGAUGUCCUACGACGUGGUAUUGACGACUUACAAUCUACUCGAAUCUGCCUAUCGCAAGCAGCAGUUCGGAUUCAAGCGAAAGACAGGACUUGUCAAGGAAAAGAGUUUCUUGCAUGCAAUUGAGUGGCAUCGUGUUGUACUGGAUGAAGCGCACUCCAUCAAGGAUCGUGCUUGUAACACUGCAAAAGCCAUCUUCGCCCUUGAGACUGACCGACGUCUCUGUCUCUCUGGCACGCCCUUGCAGAACCGUGUCGGCGAGUUGUUUUCUUUGCUGCGCUUUUUGAAGGCAGACCCAUUCUCCUACUAUUACUGCAAGAAUUGUCCCUGCAAGAGUCUUUCGUGGAAGUUCAAAGAUAAUCGCCAGUGUGAUGAUUGCGGUCAUUCUCCCAUGGUGCACACCAAUUGGUUCAAUCAUGAGCUCCUCAAACCCAUUCAACGAUUCGGCGCACAAGGUGAGGGACGUGUGGCAUUCUCCAAGAUCCACCAGCUCCUCGGCAAACUCAUGCUGCGUCGUACAAAAGUCGAGCGAGCGGAUGAUAUGGGUCUACCACCGCGCGUUGAGAUGAUUCGUCGUGACAUGUUCAACCCUGAAGAACUUGACUUGUAUGAAUCAUUGUAUACCGGUGCAAAACGUCAGUUCAGUGGGUAUGUCGCUCAGGGAGUCUUGCUCAAUUCCUACGCCAAUAUCUUUCAGCUCAUCACUCGACUUCGACAAAUGGCAGAUCAUCCAGACUUGGUGUUGCGUCGAUUGGAUCUGCAAGCUGAAAACAACCUGGUGUGUCGACUUUGCGAUGAUGUUGCUGAAGAUUGCAUUGCUGCCAAGUGUCGGCAUCAGUUUUGUCGAUCCUGCGUCACAGAGUACAUGGAUACGUGUAUGGCUGUGCCGGAAUGUCCGGUAUGCAAUACGGCGCUGUCUAUUGAUUUGUCGGCACCAGCCAUGGACCCACCAACGGAGGAACGACUACAAAAGAGCAACAUCCUGAAUCGCAUCGACAUGACUAAAUGGAAGUCGUCUACCAAGAUUGAAGCGCUUGUCGAGGAAUUAUACAAGUUGCGCUCCAACAACUCCUCCACCAAGUCGAUUGUCUUUUCUCAAUUCACGUCAUUUUUGGAGUUGAUUGCGUUUCGUUUGCGAAAGGCAGGUUUCAAUACGUGCAAGUUGGAUGGUAGCAUGACACCCGAACAGCGCAACAACACCAUCAUCAAGUUCUCCAAUGACAUUCAAUUUCCAGUCUUUCUCGUUUCAUUGAAAGCAGGUGGUGUGGCACUCAACUUGACGGAAGCGUCGACUGUGUUUUUGGUGGAUUCUUGGUGGAGUCCUAGUGCUGAGUGGCAGGCAGCCGAUCGUAUUCAUCGAUUGGGUCAGUAUCGACCUGUUGCUAUUAAACGCAUUGUCAUUGCUAAUAGUAUCGAGGAGAGGAUUGUUGAGUUGCAAGCAAAGAAGGUGAAUAUGAUCAAAUCAACGCUCGAUCAUGAUGCAACGAGUCUUGAUCGGCUUAAUCAAGAGGACAUGGAGUUUUUGUUUACAUAG